CUCCUAUGAGGGACUCCCUAAAACAGGAUUUAUAAUAGGCAUAGUCUUUUUGAACAAAGAAAUAGACGUCUAUUUUACCAAAAUGCAAAUAGCUCUCAGCCCAAUUUUAUAUUGCCCCUUAAGUCUGCGUCUGAAUGUGAAAUGCAAAUUUGCUGUCUUGGUAUAAGUGUGGGUGGUGUAAUAUAACCACGCGCUUCGAAAACUCGCAAAGCCUAAAAACAAAAAAAAAAACUUGUUCAAAUCGAAAUAUGCGCUUACUGCUUUUGCGUUGGGUAGGUCACAGAACUUUACUUGGUAGUUCACAAGAUUUCUGCAUAAAGUGUUAACCUGGUCUUAAGUUAUUUUUUUUUCGUCUGUUAAAUCUGCACUUGUCACGUACUUAGCUCAAGUUGGUAUGACUAGUUGCUGAUUGGAAUUUCUACUUUUCGUCUGAUUAGGACUGUCUCGUUUUAUGAAGUUACAAAUAAAGCAACCAGUGAGAGAUUCAAAUACAAAAGUAGUUUACCCAGCCAGAAUUGUUUUUCUCAAAAGAACGCACGUUUGGGUGCAGAGGUCUGAUUAUACAUGCUAAACGUAAAAAUAUACCCAUGUUUUGAUUAACUCUUGCUUUCAGAUUUGAUUUCCCAGAAGAUUUUUGUUUAUUGCCCGGAGUUGUCUCUUCAAACUAACCUAGGGAAGAUUAUCAGUUCCUUUGGGCUGGAAUUUGUGUCUUCAUUUUUCUACUCUAGUUGCAGCGGUGAUAUUGUUCGUACUUUACCAUUACACUUAGCUGUUUUUCUUACCAUCCGCUGAAAGAAAGAUUGAUUUCAACCUCAAAUUUUGUUUCUGUUUCAAGGCACAGCAAACAAUCGCAGUUUAAAAAGACUCUUAUAACCAGAUGAACGUCAUUACAUUACAUAACUUUAAGCUUAAACAAAUUCACUUACUACAUUUUCAUUCAGUUUGGUCUUGCUCGAACACUUUUGAAAAUCAGUCUCAAUUUACUCAAGAUCGAAUAUUUUUAAAUUGUUGAUCAGUAUUAUCAGAGUACAAUAGCGUUUCAUAUAUUUUGGUAUCGUGACCAUUCUGAUUUUGAUUAAAAAUUGGCGCCAUUUACAUAUCCAUAGACUUCGAUAAAUAAUAAAUUUUCCUCUGAAGCAAUUUUUCAUUUUAUAAAAUAGUAACUAAACUAGUGGAGAACGUCGGAAAAUGAUGUCUGGCUGUGAACAAAAAUUAACACUAACCAAACAAAUCUUCGCCAACAUGGUGCAAUUUUAAAGGGAAGUACCCGGUGUGUAAUUGGACAAAAAUCGGCGGGGUUGUUUAUUGAGCCCUGCAGAUAUUGCUUAGUGGAUCCGCCUUCUGUGUACUGUUACUGUUUUGUUGUUGGUAUACCUUUUGUUAGUUGCCAAUUUAACCUGCCUGUUGGUAGGUGAACGCUACGGGGGGUUAUUUAUACCAUCCCAACCCGCUCUUCUCUGUGAUGCACGCAGCGGCCGCAACCUCAGAAUUCCUCUCCCAUUCCAAUUCGGACAGUAGCUUCUCUCCCAUGACAAUAAAUUCCCCGGAGUUAUUCAGCUCACCGCCUCAUCAUCAUCACGUGAACUCUUCUUCCCAUCACGCAACUUCGCACGCUCACGUGCAACCAUUUCACACGUUCACGCCGCAUGGAAACACAGAUGAUUCAAACUCAACCGUGACUGGUCUGUUUCCAACUUGCCCCUCACCUGUCACGACUGCGUCGCCUUCUUCACCUGUGUCUACUAACGGGUACUACCAGGGAUCGAACCACCAACCCCCCGCUUACAGCAAGCACCAAUUACCCACUAUGAGCGCGGGAAACAAUGUGCAAGCUAUGCAGAAUUUGAAGUUGGACAACAAGCAGCAAAUGCCAGGAGGCGAUUCUCCCUUCGAAGGAAAAGGAAAACUAAAUUUACAGCAGCAGAGCAGUGGCAUCGGGUCUGCGGUGUCGCCUGCUGGAACUCUUGGUCAACAACCGGGCAAUGGAGUUGUGCCCAGUCAUCAAUCGAGUGGAAGCAAUCCUAACUUCCAAAAUGAUUCUAACUCGCAGCUUUACGCCAACAAUGGAGCCCUGAUGAACCAAAGAGUUAAGUUAAACGUGGGCGGCAAAAUAUUCGAGACCCUUUUAUCUACACUUCAGAAGGCAGGUGAAGAGUCAAACCUUGCCACUGUGGCCAAGGAGGCUGCGAUGAAGGAUCUGCCCAUGUUCAUAGACAGAGACUCGGACACUUUCUCCAUCUUGCUCAACUACCUGCGCACAGGGCAAUUACUCAUCCCCUCCUGGGCGGAUUUCUCCACGGUGCAGUUACUCAAGUUGGACGCCACCUUCUACGGGGUGCACAAUGCACAGUACCUGCACUCACUCGACCACUUCAACAUCCUCAAGAAGUUCAACUACUCCGUCAACGUCAAGUUCCUAGUCCCUGAACUCAUAGUGGCCGAGAUCAAGGCGGCGACUGAGGGUGUGAAGCGGAAGGAGGCGGAGAGCAAGUGGCUCAACUGGUACAAGGAGGACAUGCUCUCCUUCGGCAGAGUGUUCAAGGCCAGCUCCAUCUCCUCCUUCAACGCACACUUCAUCCCACCCCACUGGUGUUCCCUCAAGGUUUGCUUCGUUCUGUGGAACACUAACUGCAACAAGGAUCACAUUGCCCUCUUCAUGAAAGACCUGUCCAAACUGCACUACAUUGAAAACUUAGAGGUCACAGAAAUAUAGCAGAGAUGUACAAACAAUUUUAUUUAUCCUUUUUUAUCAGUUGAUUGCAUCACUAGUGAUGAUUCAGUAAUUUAUAAAUGCACAAACCUACACUGUAGUUAAAAUAAAUUUCCCUAUUCUUUA